GGGGGCCGGCCCUGAUCAGGCCUCCAGGCAGGGACUGGUUGGCUCAGGCUGCGUGUGGCUCUGUGUUAUUUCUAUUCCCAGAUCCCGGCACCCCGGUGGGGAACGGGUCACAGAUCACGGCCCAGGAGGGCGACUCCCUGCGGUUCCUCUGCUCCAUCUCCAGCAGCCUCCCUGCCACGCUGGCCUGGGUGAGGGGGGGCCGAGCCAUCGAGGGCACCCGCCCCGCGGGGGAAAAUCAGCUGCGACUGGAGCUGCCCAACAUCACAGCCGAGGACGGGGGGCUGUACGGGUGCUGGGCCCAGAGAGAGAAGAUCUCUGCCCAGGGGACGUUCCAGCUGCUCAUCGAGUCUCCCACAGGUGGCCUCACUUGGGUGUUUAUCGAAAUCAGCUGCAAACUCGUGUUCAUGGCAACUGGAUUCAUCCUGGCCUAUUACCUCACCCUGCUCUAUUACAGACGGACACCCUGCUGCUAUCGUGGAAGCAGAAGGAAGGACAGGCCGGGGGCCAGGGAAUCCACUGUGCCAGAAUCCGGUUUGUAGAUCGGGACGUUCCUCAGCCACCGAAGAGCUGACAAGGAACUGGAAUCUCAGAGGACUUAGGAAACAGAGAAUGAGACCUCAGCUGGGGGAACUGCCACCCUGGGAGAAGCCAACAGGCCCAUCUAGUCUGAUAUCCUGCCCCCUCAGACUCAUGCACGUGGGAAGCACAUGGAAGCUGCUUGUAAUGUUUAUAUGACCAGUAGAUGAUCUGUUUGUUGCCUUGAUGAUUAUGACUUUGUUUGCUCUGUGAUGACCGCCAGGCAGCCAGAUACCCCAGUGACAAUCACAGUAUGAGACCCUCUAGAGAACAGAGCAGACCAGCUGAUCCUAGUUACUGAUCCCUGCUAGCCGACGCCCAACCCAGCGGCUCGAACAGCCGCUCCCAGGCAGUGCGGGGAGAAAGUUUCACCAACAAACUUUUUUUGGGUGCAAAAUGCAAAUUCGGCAACACCAAACUUUGUGUAAAUCUGGGACGAUUUUGCCAAUUUGUCUGUUUGGGGGGGGAAACCUCCCAAAAUUCCCCAAAAUUGAAAGAUUUCAUUUAGACAUUUUCAAAAAGAAACAUUUCACUUUCUCAAUUCAAACACACUGUAUGGUUUGAAAUUUCCUGUAAUUUUACUUUGUGGUUAAAAAAGUCUAAAAUGCUGGAAAUUGAAACAAAAGGUUUCAUCCUCAAACCAAAUCUAUUUCUGACCUUCUGAUUCGCAGAAAAUUUUGACCAAUUUCCAUUUUUGGUUUUACAUGAAAAGAUUUUUUCCUGCUGACUUUGGGUUCCCUCAAAAUUUAUCAGAUUAUGCUUUCAGAUUGAC